AUGUCAUUCACACACGGGCAGAGAUGUGCAGCUCUUGCAAGUGAAACCUUCACACGCCUCAUUGAUGCCAAGUAUUCCAGUCAGAAGGAAUAUCUAGCUGCGUUUAUCUUGGAGAAAGGUAAGUGCAGUGUACGACACCUUCACCCACUGUAUGAAACCUCUGUAUAGUGUGUGUGUGUGUGUGUGUGUAAUACACCUUCACCCGCUGUAUGAUAUCUUUGUAGUGUGUGUGUGUGUGUGUGUGCGUGUAAUACACCUUCACCCGCUGUGAGAUACCUCUGUAUUGUGUGUGUAAUACACCUUCACCCGCUGUGUGAUACCUCUGUAUUGUGUGUGUGUGUGUGUGUGAUACACCUUCACCCGCUGUGUGAUACCUCUGUAUUGUGUGUGUGUGUGUGUGAUACACCUUCACCCGCUGUGUGAUACCUCUGUAUUGUGUGUGUGUGUGUGUGUGAUACACCUUCACCCGCUGUAGGAAACCUCUGUAUAGUGUGUGUGUGUGUAACACACCUUCAGCCGCUGUGUGAUACCUCUGUAUUGUGUGUGUGUGUGUGGUGUGUAAUGCACUUUCACAUCUGCUUCUUCACCUUCCAACAGAGGUGAUGAAUGCUAAAGGGGAAAUGUAUGAAGUCGUAGCACUUGGCACAGGGGCCACAUGCUUCCAGCGGCGACAGGAGUAUCACGGCCUGAUCCUGCAUGAUAGCCACGCAUUAGUGGUGGCAAGGAGGGCAUUAAUAAGGUAAGCUUAAUAUGUACAUCAGUAUGACUGAUCUAGAAUUGUGGAAUGUCCGUUCUUUUUUCCAUAAUUUUUUUUUAAUCUUUUAGUAUUUUUCAGAAUACAAAAAAAAAAGAUGCAUAUAAAAAUAUACAAAUAAUACAAUUAAAACAUUAAACAAAGGUCUUAUUUUGUUAUACAUGGUUUUGUAUUGUGGUAAUAUCAUUAAGUGAUCUGGACAUAAAUGACAAACAUAUUUACAUUAACAAUAUGAUCUAGGAACACAGGUCUUUGAACAUUCUAUAUCAAAGUAGAAAGAUUAUUUAAAAAGGUAUAUACAUAAAUAGAUAUUCAUUUUAUAAUAAACGUCAAGAUUUCUCCAUGGUGAUUUUUUACACUUUUUAAAACCGAACACUUUGAUAAAUCUCCCUCAUUUUAUUUACUAGUAAGAAGAGUAAUUUUAUUACGGUCUCUUUGUUUUAGAUACCUUUACAAGCAGCUUUACUUGUACCACAGUAAACCUCUUAUGGCUCAAGAAAAAUCUAUUUUCUGUUCUUCUGGCAAGAGUCCUCUCUUGACACUGAAACCUAGGAUGUUCCUCCAUCUGUAUUUAAGCAACAGCUCAGAGGGAUAUUCACCAGGCUGUCUGUGA